GCCCGCGGGGGUAGAGGUGCGAGGGAGGCCCCGGGCCCGGUCCCCGCCUGCCCCUCGGUGCUCCCCGGGCCGCGCCACCGAGCCCAGCCGGGGCCACUGCCUGCGCCAGGUGAAGGCGCUGCGUGCCCCGGGUCCGUCCUUACCCGCGCAGCGGGGAGCGCCGCCCCGCGCUGCCCUUGGCCCGUCCUCCCCCUCCGGCCGGAGGGACCCCGGGCCCGCUGGGGGCCGGGCUGGACAUCGCUGCCCAGCUGCUGCCCCGCGCUUCCCCGCACAUGGAGGCUGAGAUGCUGCAGUCGCCUCUCCUGGGGCUCGGGGAGGAGGAUGAGUCCGACCUGACGGACUGGAACUUGCCCCUGGCCUUUAUGAAGAAAAGGCACUGCGAGAAGAUCGAAGGCUCCAAGUCUUUGGCUCAGAGCUGGAGGAUGAAGGACCGGAUGAAGACUGUAAGUGUUGCCUUAGUUUUGUGCCUCAACGUCGGCGUGGACCCCCCAGACGUGGUGAAAACGACUCCCUGUGCCCGCCUGGAGUGCUGGAUUGAUCCUCUGUCCAUGGGGCCUCAGAAAGCUCUGGAGACCAUCGGGGCCAACCUGCAGAAGCAGUAUGAGAACUGGCAGCCCAGGGCCAGGUACAAGCAGAGCCUGGACCCCACGGUGGACGAGGUGAAGAAGCUGUGCACGUCCCUGCGCCGCAAUGCCAAGGAGGAGCGCGUGCUGUUCCACUACAACGGGCACGGCGUGCCCCGGCCCACGGUCAACGGCGAGAUCUGGGUCUUCAACAAGAACUACACCCAGUACAUCCCCCUGUCCAUCUACGACCUGCAGACCUGGAUGGGGAGCCCUUCCAUCUUCGUCUACGACUGCUCCAACGCCGGCCUGAUUGUCAAGUCCUUCAAGCAAUUUGCACUACAGAGAGAGCAGGAGCUGGAGGUGGCUGCCAUCAACCCCAACCAUCCCCUUGCCCAGAUGCCUCUGCCCCCUUCCAUGAAGAACUGCAUCCAGCUGGCAGCGUGUGAGGCCAACGAGCUGCUGCCCAUGAUCCCAGACCUGCCUGCAGACCUGUUCACGUCCUGCCUCACCACCCCCAUCAAGAUCGCGCUGCGCUGGUUCUGCAUGCAGAAGAGUGUCAGGCUGGUGCCAGGAGUCACGCUGGAUUUAAUAGAGAAGAUUCCUGGGAGGCUGAACGACAGGAGAACUCCCCUGGGAGAGCUGAACUGGAUCUUCACAGCCAUCACAGACACCAUUGCCUGGAACGUCCUGCCCAGAGGUGAGGCCAGGCAGGGGAGGGGGAUGAGGAGUCACAUCCACAUCACACUGCAAGCCUGGGACCUUGCUGUUGAUAUUUGCCUUUCCCAGCUGCCCACCAUUAUCGAGGAAGGAACUGCCUUCAGGCACAGCCCCUUCUUCGCCGAGCAGCUCACGGCCUUCCAGGUGUGGCUGACCAUGGGCGUGGAGAACCGCAACCCCCCGGAGCAGCUGCCCAUCGUCCUGGAUGUGCUGCUGAGCCAGGUGCACCGGCUGCGAGCUCUGGAUCUGCUGGGGAGGUUCCUGGACCUGGGGCCCUGGGCUGUCAGCCUGGCCCUCUCUGUUGGCAUUUUCCCCUAUGUGCUGAAGCUCCUGCAGAGCUCAGCCCGUGAGCUGAGACCUCUCCUUGUGUUCAUCUGGGCCAAGAUCCUGGCAGUGGACAGUUCGUGCCAGGCUGACCUGGUGAAGGACAAUGGACACAAGUAUUUCCUCUCAGUCCUGGCAGAUCCUUACAUGCCAGCUGAGCACAGGACCAUGACAGCCUUCAUCCUGGCUGUGAUUGUCAACAACUACAACACUGGCCAGGAAGCCUGCCUGCAAGGGAACCUGAUAGCGAUCUGCCUGGAGCAGCUGAACGAUCCCCACCCGCUCCUCAGGCAGUGGGUGGCCAUUUGUCUGGGGAGGAUCUGGCAGAACUUCGACUCAGCCAGGUGGUGUGGAGUGAGAGACAGUGCCCAUGAGAAGCUCUACAGCCUCCUCUCAGAUCCAAUCCCAGAGGUUCGCUGUGCCGCUGUCUUUGCUCUGGGGACCUUUGUGGGCAACUCUGCAGAGCGCACGGACCACUCGACCACCAUCGACCACAACGUGGCCAUGAUGCUGGCCCAGCUCAUCAACGACGGCAGCCCCAUGGUCCGCAAGGAGCUGGUGGUGGCCCUGAGUCACCUGGUGGUUCAGUACGAGAGCAAUUUCUGCACCGUGGCCUUGCAGUUCAUAGAGGAGGAGAAGAAUUAUCCUCUCCCUUCUCCUGCUGCUCCAGAGGGCGGGAGCCUGACCCCGGUGCGGGACGGGCCGUGCACGCCGCGCCUGCGCUCCGUCAGCUCCUACGGCAACAUCCGCGCCGUCACCACCGCCAGGAACCUCAACAAGUCCCUGCAGAACCUCAGCCUCAACGAGGAGUCUGGCAGCUCGGUGGCGUUCUCCCCUGGGAACCUGAGCACGAGCAGCAGUGCCAGCAGCACGCUGGGCAGCCCCGAGAACGAGGAGUACAUCCUGUCCUUCGAGACCAUCGACAAGAUGAGACGAGUCAGCUCCUACUCCUCCCUCAACUCCCUCAUAGGUGUGAGUUUCAACAGUGUUUAUACCCAGAUUUGGAGGGUGCUCCUUCACCUGGCUGCUGACCCCUACCCCGACGUGUCCGACCUGGCCAUGAAGGUUUUGAACAGCAUUGCCUACAAGGCCACGGUGAACGCUCGCCCCCAGCGCAUCCUGGACACCUCCUCGCUGACCCAGUCGGCCCCUGCCAGCCCCACCAACAAGGGGAUGCACAUCCACCAAGUGGGGGGCUCACCCCCAACCACGAGCACCAGCAGCUCCAGCCUGACCAACGAGGUGCCCAAGCAGCCGGUGAGCCGGGACCUGGCGUCCGUGCGCCCCAACGUCACCAACGUGGGUGUCCAGUACACCCCCCACUCCCACCAGUUCCCCAGGACAAGGAAAAUGUUUGACAAAGGCCCAGAACAGACAGCCGAUGAUGCUGACGAUGCCGUGGGACACAAGAGCUUCAUCUCGGCCGCGGUGCAGACGGGGUUCUGCGACUGGAGCGCCAAGUACUUCGCCCAGCCCGUCAUGAAGAUCCCCGAGGAGCACGACCUGGAGAGCCAGAUCCGCAAGGAGCGGGAGUGGCGCUUCCUGCGCAACGCGCGCGUCAGGAAACAGGCGCAGAAGAUCAUCCAGAAGGGCAUCUCCCGGCUGGACGAUCAGAUCUUCCUCAACAGGAACCCGGGCGUGCCCUCGGUGGUGAAAUUCCAUCCCUUCACGCCCUGCAUCGCCGUGGCUGACAAGGACAGCAUCUGCUUUUGGGACUGGGAGAAAGGGGAGAAGCUGGACUAUUUCCACAACGGGAACCCUCGGUACACGCGGAUCACGGCCAUGGAGUACCUGAACGGGCAGGACUGCUCCCUGCUGCUCACUGCCACAGACGAUGGUGCCAUCAGAGUGUGGAAGAACUUUGCAGACCUGGAGAAGAACCCAGAGAUGGUGACAGCCUGGCAGGGGCUGUCAGACAUGCUGCCAACCACACGAGGAGCAGGGAUGGUGGUGGACUGGGAACAGGAAACCGGGCUCCUGAUGACCUCAGGAGACGUGAGGAUCAUCCGGAUCUGGGACACGGAUCGGGAAAUGAAGGUCCAGGACAUUCCCACGGGAGCUGACAGCUGUGUCACCAGCCUGUCGUGUGACUCCCAGCGCUCCCUGAUCGUGGCGGGGCUGGGGGACGGCUCCAUCCGCGUGUUCGACAGGAGGAUGGCGCUCAGUGAAUGCCGAGUGAUGACGUACCGUGAGCACACGGCCUGGGUGGUGAAGGCCUACCUGCAGAAGCACCCCGAGGGCAACAUCAUGAGCGUCAGGUACACGGGGUCCUGCAGCCACCAGCCCUUCCCCACAGCCUUAAAACCCCUUAAACACCCUCCAACACCAUCCCUGCUGCUCUCUGGAUGGUUCUGCCACCAGUCCCUGCUGUCCCACUUUGGGACGUGGCUGCUCUCUGGCCUGGCUCCCAGCUCAGGCGGGGGCUGCAGCAGCAAUCCUGUCCCCCCCAGCAUUCCCAGUGAUCCCAGUUUCCAUCCCUUCCCUUCCAGUGGCUCCAUGAACCAGUUCACCGCCAUCUACAACGGCAACGGGGAGCUGAUCAACAACAUCAAAUACUACGAUGGCUUCAUGGGCCAAAGAGUGGGAGCCAUCAGCUGCCUGGCCUUCCACCCUCACUGGCCCCACCUGGCCGUCGGCAGCAAUGACUUCUACAUCUCGGUGUACUCGGUGGAGAAGAGGAUCAGAUGACGGCGCCCGGCGGCUCCGGGGCCUCCUGUACAUAGAGAAAUCAUCGACUUGAAUGUUUCGUGUUGGCUGCUGCUGCUGCACCCCAUAACUUGAACAUUUGUUCUUCUGACUUAGCUACUGAUGGGUUUGACAAGGGGAAGAGACAAUCUCCUGGUUUGGUUUGGUUUUGUUUUCCAGCUAUAUCCUCCAAAAGCUACAGAAAAGGAACAUUUAUUUUUGUUUCCAGUGGUUGGCUUCUCUGUCAGGAACACGGCUCCUGAGCUCGGAAGGACCUGGAUGAGGCAACCCUUGAGAAGGGUCUUGUUUUAGUCUUUGUUCCGUGUUUUACUGGAGUGUGGGUUCUUCAAGGACUGUCAGGACUCACCUACAGCUCCACGGGACCCUCCAGCUGCUGUGCCAAACACAGUUCUGGGACAGGGCAGCGCAGGAUGUACCUGCCAGGGAGGCAGGGCAGCACAUCCUCUGCAUCAACUCCUCCUCCUCCUCGUCUUCCU